GACGUGUACUCCUUCGGCGUGCUGCUGUGGCAGAUGUAUUCGGGACAGCGGCCCUGGUCCGGAAUGAACACGGGACAGAUCGUGUACAACGUGGGUAUGAAAGCCAUGCAGCUGCCUUUCGCCCCCGAUGCGCACCCGGGGCUUAUGGCGCUCAGCCGGGCGUGUACGGCAGCCGACCCGCAGCAGCGGCCAACCUUCCAAAAGGUG